AUGGGGGCAAAGUGCCCCCAGGGAGAGCAGGGGGAAGUCUUGGACCACCAGUGCGUGCUAAAAGACCACGGCAUUUUGAUAAUUUCAGGUGUCUGUAUUGGUAUUUGCCUGUGCGGACUUAUGGGGAAUAUGGUGGUCGUGUGGUUCCUGGGCUUCCACAUGAAGAAGAAACCCUUCACUGUCUACAUCCUGAACCUGGCCAUCACUGACUUCUCUCUGCUCCUGUUUCUUCUUGUUGAACUUAAUAUUUACAUUAUUUCAACAGUCUAUUGUAUUUUCUCAUUUCAACAUCACUUGGCCCGUUAUAUCCUGACACUUCUGUUUCUGUUUUCGUAUUUUGCCAGCAUGUAUCUCCUGACAGCAAUGAACAUGGAGGAGUGCCUGUCUGUUCUGUUCCCGAUCUGGUACUGGUGUCGCCGCCCAAAGCACUUGUCAGGCAUCAUGUGUGGGGUGCUCUGGGCUCUCAGAAGACUUUUUGUUACUUUGGCUAUGAUUUGUUGUAAUUUGAAUAUAAACUGUGAACAAUUAUUACAAGGUUUAAGCACCAUGAAUUUUCUCAUUUUGCUUUAUUCCAACCUCUCAUUGUUCAUCAGACUCCAGUGUGGCUCACGGAGACGACACCCAGGGAAACUCUAUGUUGCUGUCCUGCUCAGUGUGAUCUUCUUGUUCAUCGUUGGAUUUCCUUUCAGUGCACUGAUUUUCCUUGAUCCUAUUUAUUUAAACCCAUUUUACCAUCAUAUUUCUUACCUGCUGGCAUCACUGAACAGCAGCAUCAACCCAUUAAUUUACUUCCUGGUGGGGAGCUGCCGGCAGCACCAGUUCCAGGGCUCUGCACAAGUUGCCCUCCGCCGAGUGUUUGAAGAGAAAGCGGUGAGCAAGGAGAGGAGCCACGUGCCUGGGGACACUGCAGUGGAGACCACUCUAUAA